CUACAGGCGAAGCUGUGCGGAGGAAACGAGGAGCCAGAAGGAGCAGCGAAAUAAGCCUGGAAUUUAUCUCGCUCAUUUUAAACAAGGAAAGAAGAGCCCUCCGCCUGUCAUCCCAAUGCUCCUGUAGUUUAUUCCCUCACAGAGAGUGUUGGAGAUAUAAUGGAAACUGAAUGAUGAGAUUGGCUGUGUUUGAGAGCAUUGUCCCGGGGAAAAAGAAAAAGGGUGACAGGAAAAAGAGUUUGAGGCUGGACGGCAGCUGACGGACUGAACCAUGGCUCAGUUUCCCACGCCCUUCGGAGGGGGGUCGGAGACAUGGGUAAUAUCUUUGGACGAGAGAGCCAAACAUGACCAACAGUUCCACAGUUUGACCCCCACACCUUCUGGCUUCAUCACAGGUGACCAGGCAAGAAAUUUCUUUCUGCAGUCAGGUCUACCUCCCCCCAUCCUGGCCCAGAUAUGGGCUCUGGCUGACAUGAACAAUGAUGGGAAGAUGGACAUGCUUGAAUUUUCCAUCGCAAUGAAGCUGAUUAAAUUGAAGCUGCAGGGUCACCCCCUCCCACCUUCAUUGCCCCCCGCCAUGAAGCAGCAGCCCAUCUCCAUACCCCCGCAGCCUCCAUUUGGGAUGCCCAGUAUGGGUGCCAUGUCAGGCCUGCCAGCAGUGCCGCCAAUGCCCCUGCCCCCUCUGCCUCCAGGAGUAGGCGUGUCUCCUCCACUGGUAGCAUCGGUGACACCACCCCUCCCAUCCCUUGCCAACGGAGCACCCGCUAUGAUACAGCCCAUUAGUGGAUUCACACAUCCAGCUGCUGCACUCAACAAAACCUCUUCGUUCAAUCGUUCCAGUAUCAAGCUACAGAAGGUCCAGUCUGUAGAGGCACCCAGUGCUCCAGCAGCUCCUCCGCCCACUGACUGGGCCGUGCCUCAGUCCUCUCGGCUCAAGUACCGCCAACUCUUCAACAGCCAUGACAAAAUGAUGAGUGGCUAUCUCACAGGUCCACAAGCCAGAACUAUUCUAAUGCAGUCCAGUCUACCACAAGCUCAGCUGGCCACCAUCUGGAAUCUGUCAGAUAUAGAUCAGGAUGGGAAGUUGACUGCAGAAGAGUUUAUUCUGGCCAUGCACUUGAUUGACAUGGCCAUGUCUGGUCUGCCCCUCCCCCCUUUACUGACCCCUGACCUCAUACCUCCAACAUUCAGGAGAGUGCGUUCUGGUAGUGGUGUGUCUUUGACCAGUAUUCAUUCGGCAGACGUACGAUCCCAGGAUGAGCCUGAGGAGGAGGAGAAAGAGGCGGAUAAAAAACUUCCAGUCACAUUUGAGGAUAAGAAACGAGAGAACUUUGAGCGUGGGAACCUGGAGCUGGAGAAACGUCGGCAGGCGUUGCUUGAGCUGCAGAGGAAAGAGCAGGAGCGACUGGCGGCGCUGGAGAAAGAGGAGCAAGAAAGGAAAGAAAGAGAACGAAUGGAGCAUGAGAGACGCAGACAGCAAGAGCUGGACAAACAACUUGAGAGACAGAGAGAGCAGGAGCGACAGAGGGAGGAGGAGAGACGCAAGGAGAUCGAGAGAAGAGAGGCUGCUAAACGGGAGCUGGAGCGUCAGCGGCAGUUAGAGUGGGAGAGAUCGCGCAGACAGGAGCUGCUCACCCAGAGAAACCGAGAACAGGAGAACAUCGUCCUGCUAAAAGCACGCAAGAAAACACUCGAGUUUGAACUGGAGGCUCUGAAUGAUAAGAAGUCUCAGUUGGAUGGUAAACUGCAGGACAUUCGUUUCCGUCUCUCGGCUCAGAGACACGAGAUCGAGAGCACCAAUAAGACGCGAGAGCUCCGCAUUGCAGAGAUCACCAGCCUGCAACAGCAGCUGCAGGAGUCUCAGCAGUGGUUGAGUCGGUUGAUUCCUGAUAAACAGUGUCUGAAUGACCAGCUGAAGCAGGUUCAGCAAAACAGUCUGCACAGAGACUCUCUGUCCAGUCUUCAGAGGGCCAUUGAUAUGAAGGAAUCCACCAAACAGCAGCUGAGAGAACAGCUGGACGCUGUGGAGAAGGAGACACGCUCCAAACUAUUGGAGAUAGAUGCCUUCAACACACAGCUGAAGGAGCUGAGAGAAAUCCACAACAAACAACAGAGGCAGAAACAAAAGGAGCUGGAGGCUGACAUCACCCAGCCGUCACAUGACAGGAAGUCCACAGAAUUACAAGAGUCUAGGUUGUCAGGGGCAGAUGAUGGUGUGUCUCCAGCAUGGAGAGACGAUGGGCUGGGUAAAGCCCCCACCCCUCCUAUGCCUCAGGCCUGGAUGAGCCGAGUGAGUGAAGAGGAGAACCACAGCAGAGGUGAAAUUCAGGAGAACCUCUCCAAACUCUUCACGCAGCAUCCGAUACCGGGAAAACUACAGGCUCAUUCCCCCUGGUCUAUGACAGAUAAGAUCCCAGUGUCUGGUUUUAAUCAGGAGAAGGUAAAGGUGGUCUUCUAUAGAGCACUGUAUCCCUUUGAGGCCCGCAGCCAUGAUGAGAUCACCAUCAUUCCUGGAGAUAUAGUGAUGGUGAAGGGAGAGUGGGUGGAUGAGUCUCAGACCGGUGAACCUGGAUGGUUAGGAGGAGAGAUCAAAGGGAAGACCGGCUGGUUCCCUGCCAAUUAUGCAGAGAAGAUUCCAGAAUCUGAAGUUCCUCUCAGUUUGAGGACUAGCGCUGCUUCUAGUUCCACCCCUAAAUUGGGUUCCCAUAUAUCAUCCACUUCUUCGUCGACCACAACCACACCCAUACAGCAAGUCUCCACAGAGCAUGCAUCGAUAGCCCCGCCCUCCUCCGCCCCUCCCCCUCCAUGCCCCACCUCCUCCUCUUCCUCAACAUCCAGUAACUGGGCAGAUUUCAGCACUACAUGGCCAUCUAAUUCUGCUGGGGAGAAGCAGGACAGCGAUGGAUGGGAUGCAUGGCCAACGCAGCCCACUCAGCCGUCCCUGUCAGUGCCCAGUGGGGGGCAGAUCAGACAGCGUUCUGCUUUUACCCCUGCCACGCUUUCCGGGUCCUCGCCCUCACCUGUUCUCGGCCAGGGUGAAAAGGUGGAGGGUCUCCAGGCACAGGCUUUGUACCCAUGGAGAGCAAAGAAAGACAAUCACCUGAACUUUAACAAAAAUGACGUGAUCACCGUACUGGAGCAGCAGGAUAUGUGGUGGUUUGGAGAGGUGCAAGGGCAGAGAGGCUGGUUCCCAAAAUCUUACGUCAAACUAAUAUCUGGGCCCGUCCGGAAAUCUAUGAGUAUUGAGUCUGGCUCUUCGGACAGCCCUCCCAGUGUUAAGAGACCCAGCCCCUCUCCAAACAAACCCACGGACCUCGGAGAAGGUCAGAAAACCAGCGACGCUCAAUGGAUCAUCUGUAACUUCCUCUUUCAUCUUAAUCAUUUUGUAUCUGAAAGUCUUUGUGUGAUUUUGUCUAUCACAGAGUAUGUGGCCAUGUAUACGUAUGAAAGCAGUGAGCAGGGUGACUUGACCUUCCAGCAAGGUGAUGUCAUCACGGUCACAAAGAAAGAAGGAGAUUGGUGGACUGGCACUGUGGGCGGGAAGACCGGAGUCUUCCCUUCAAAUUAUGUCAAACCUAAAGAUUCAGAGGGUUUGGGAUCUGCUGGGAAAACAGGAAGUUUAGGGAAGAAACCAGAGAUUGCCCAGGUGAUCGCCCCUUACACAGCCACCGGGGCGGAGCAGCUCACCCUAGCACCAGGCCAGCUCAUUCUCAUCCGCAAGAAAAACCCAGGAGGAUGGUGGGAAGGAGAACUUCAGGCAAGAGGAAAGAAGCGUCAGAUUGGCUGGUUUCCAGCUAAUUAUGUAAAAUUAUUGAGCCCCAGCACCAGUAAGACCACACCCACAGAGCCCAACCCACCCAAGCUGCCAACACCCAAUGCAGUGUGCCAGGUGAUUGGCAUGUAUGACUACACAGCUCAGAAUGACGACGAGCUGCCUUUCGGGAAGGGCCAGAUCAUCAAUGUUUUGAGCAGAGAGGAUCCUGAUUGGUGGAAAGGAGAGCUAAAUGGUUCUGUUGGCCUUUUCCCAUCAAAUUACGUCAAGAUGACCACCGACACAGACCCCAGCCAACAAUGGUGUGCCGACCUCCACCUGCUUGACAUGCUGACGCCAGUGGAACGGAAGAGACAGGGAUACAUACAUGAACUUAUUGUUACAGAGGAGAACUAUGUCAAUGACCUGCAGCUAGUUACUGAGACCUUCCAGAAGCCUCUGCUGGACUCGGAGUUGUUGACGGAGAAGGAGGUGGCCAUGAUCUUUGUCAACUGGAAAGAGCUGAUCAUGUGCAACAUCAAACUGCUCAAGGCGUUACGGGUGAGGAAGAAGAUGUCAGGUGAGCGCAUGCCGGUGAAGAUGAUUGGUGACAUCCUAACCGCUCAGCUUGUUCACAUGCAGCCGUACAUCCGCUUCUGCAGCUGCCAGCUCAACGGCGCCACCCUCAUUCAGCAGAAAACAGACGAGGUGCCCGAAUUCAAAGACUUUGUUAAGAGGUUGGCGAUGGACCCUCGCUGUAAGGGUAUGCCUCUGUCAAGUUUCCUUCUCAAACCCAUGCAGAGAGUCACCCGAUACCCGCUCAUCAUCAAAAAUAUUAUAGAGAACACUCCAGAAAGCCACCCGGACCACAGUCACCUGCGGCUGGCUCUGGAGAAGGCUGAAGAGCUGUGCUCGCAGGUCAACGAAGGCGUGCGUGAGAAAGAGAACUCAGACCGGCUGGAGUGGAUCCAGGCACAUGUGCAGUGUGAGGGGCUGUCAGAGCAACUUGUGUUCAACUCAGUUACAAACUGCCUGGGCCCUCGGAAAUUUCUACACAGUGGAAAACUCUACAAAGCCAAGAGCAACAAGGAGCUUUACGGCUUCCUGUUUAACGACUUCCUGCUCCUCACGCAGAUCAUCAAACCUCUGGGCUCGUCUGGAACAGACAAGGUCUUCAGUGCGAAAUCCCACCUGCAGUAUCGCAUGUACAAAACGCCCAUCUUUCUUAAUGAGGUGCUGGUGAAGCUGCCCACCGAUCCUUCAGGAGACGAACCCAUAUUCCACAUAUCUCACAUAGACAGAGUCUACACUAUUCGCGCCGAGAGCAUCAACGAGCGGACGGCUUGGGUGCAGAAGAUCAAAGCCGCUUCUGAGCUUUUCAUCGAAACAGAGAAGAAGAAGAGAGAAAAAGCCUACUUGGUAAGGUCUCAGAGGGCCACUGGUAUUGGCCGGCUAAUGGUGAACAUUGUUGAAGGCAUUGAGCUAAAGCCCUGCCGUUCAAACGGUAAGAGUAACCCGUACUGUGAGGUGACGAUGGGCUCUCAGUGUCACGUCACUAAGACUCUACAGGACACUCUGAACCCCAAGUGGAACUCAAACUGCCAGUUCUUCAUCAAAGACCUGGAGCAGGAUGUGCUCUGUGUCACUGUGUUCGAGAGGGAUCAGUUCUCCCCGGACGAUUUCUUGGGCAGGACAGAGAUUCGGCUGGCCGACAUCAAGAAGGACCAGGGCUCGAAGGGCCCCAUCACCAAGCGUCUGCUUUUACACGAAGUCCCUACGGGAGAGAUAGUGGUGCGACUGGACCUUCAGCUCUUUGACGAACCCUGACCCAUGUUGUAUGACCUGACCAUUUGACCCCCAGGUUCCAUAUCCGCUACUCCUCCGUGGUGAAAGCCCGCCAGCCUAAUGUGACAAUCCCACUCCACCCAGCAUCAUAAAUCCCAGUGUGUGAAUGUGUGUGUUUGCACAAGCAUCUGUGAGUCUGCAAAAUGCUGUAACAGUCUUAAUCAAUCCAACCAACCCGAUUGGAUUUUUAUUGUCCUAGGUACCGCUUCAAGACAAGUCAGGUGUGUGAGUGAAAGUGAAGGAUGCACUGUAGAGGCGAAAUUUCAGUUCUGCAAUGAUGUGAAGGAUGUCUCAGGAUGCUGUAAGUCUUAAAGUAGUUAUUUAACGCUCUAAUGACCCGGGAACAGUAGUGCCAUUUGAUGUUAUAUAUUCUUGGAGGUCUUCAUUCUAGAAUACACAGAGUUAUUACAAAUGAUGUGCCAUUCCAGUGAAAAUCUCAUAUCUCAUAAAAAAAGUAGUGAGAUUAUUUAAACAAAUUCACUUUUUAAUGCAAACUAUUUUGGUUUGGAGAUUUUAUUCCAUUAUUUCUGUCAUUAACACUAAAAGCUAAGACCAAGUUUUGUUGGCAAACCUUUCUAGCGUCGACCGAUUUAUUUUUAUUUAUUUUUUUUAAUACUGGUGACGGUUCAACAACUGAAUGUACUCGAGAUGUUUGUUUUCGAGGGACCGUUAAACGUGAGCAUCCUCAGGAAAGUUUGCAGAAAGUCUCGAGAAGAUGCAGCCACAAAUGCUCCAUGGAAAGACUUUGGUUUUGGAAAUUGUAAUGUGUUUUUCAGUAUCUUUUGUUGUGUAACUUUUAUUUAUUUUUAUGUUUUUGACAAUGGGACAUCUCAGAGGCCUCACAGAAAUAUCAUUGCAGGUCUCAAGGGACAUUUGAACCUAAUGUGUUACGCUAAUAUAACCGGUGAAAAUAUGUGGUGGCUGCAUGAGUUUUGAUUUUAGCAAUAAUUAAAUUCAGCCAGAGUUUCUUUAGUUUUCCCCUGAUGUUCUUACCGGUAGUUUUACUCAAAGGAAACUAUUUAAAAUAGUACUGUAUUUAAGUUUGAAACUGCAUUACUAAUGAGAUCACAGUUUGUUUUUGAUUGAUGUUGAUUUUUUUUUUAAUUAUUAUUCUUGUCCUGUUGUUAGGCAUUAGUGAUCAACACUGUAACUAUGUCAUAUUUGUAAAAAUGCGAGAUGUCAGUUCAUAUUUUAAUUGUUCAUACUUGCUUUUUUGUUUGUUAUUUGCAAAAAAAAAUGGUAUGUAAUGCUAAAAUGCAGCAUGUAGAAACAAUCCUACAUGAAACAGAGAGCAAAGGGAUCAAUCAUCAUUCAUAUCUGCUGCAAAUACUUUCAGUUCUCCAGAAUAGAGGACACAAUGUUGAAUUUGUGAGGGUUAUUUUCACUUAUUUUCACCCUCAAUUAUCAAAUUACUGAGCCUGAGAAAAGUGCUGUUUCCUUUUGGACUGUAACAGGGAUCUGUUUUGUGUGAGUGUGUGUGUGUGUGUGUGUGAGUGUGUGUUUUCCUGUCUAGAUGCAAUACACACAUUAAUAUUCCACUGCUGUGCUAGUGAGAUGCCAGAGUGAUCAAGGAAAACAGCUAUUGUGGGGCCAGCAAGUUAGUCCACUCGGUUUUUCUAUGUGCGUAUAUGUGAGAAAGAGUGACUUAUAGUGCUUUGAAUGCUUUCUGCUGGGUCACUUUCCCAAACCACAUCCAGAAGUGUGUUUUAGACAAUGCAAGGGGUCAUGGUCAGACAUCUUUCCUUUUAUCCGCUGUCCUCUCUUCUCUUGUUCUCCUGACCUUCCCUCAUCUCUUAUCACGCACACUGUACAUUUUAGACCAGAAGAUUUGCCCCCAGCUUCAUUAUUUUUUAAUGAAGUCCCAUUGAGUGAACAGUAAUAUAUGUGUCUAUGUUUAAAACUUUGAAUGGAGUAUAAUAUAUUACAACUUGAGAAGUAAAUAUAUUGAUAACAGCGUAUUGUUAUCAAUGUAGAAGCAGUGUGUUGUCUUUGUUGCAAAUAAAACUCAAUUGGACCAAGG